GGGCCUCGCAUGGCCAUCCCUUCAUUAACAAAUUUUCUCCGCGCGCUGGGCAAAAUUUCGUGGAACAGUUCACCCGCAAAAAUAAUCAACUCUUUUAAGUGUUGACCGUUAAGCACUAGUGUAAUUUUACGAUCAAAAUAUUUUUCACUUCUUCAGCGAUAACGUCAAAACGCUCUCCUUCUUAAAUCAACUGUUUAUGGAAGGCUUUCAUCACACUGGAGUCAGGGAAAAUGCUUCAGUUUAUUCGGUCACAAGUCAAUCAUACGUGAACUUUAAGGCCAGUUCUUGAGUGCUAUGGGUGUUGUCAUCCAAUUUUUUCAGAAAUUGAGAAGGGUUUUUGUCCCUAACGUUUCUGCUACUUCCUAAAGUCGUGCGCAGCUUGGGUAAAUACAGUGUUUGCAGUUGGCAGAACACAGAAAGUCAGUUAACAAUGAUGUAUUUAAUUGAUGGGUCUGCAAUUUAUUUACUUUACCUCCGGCCUGCAGAACGCUGAUAAUUCUAUUCAAUAUUUUUUGUUUGUCUCUUCUUUAUUUCAUUAAUUUUUUUUUUUUCUUCAUCUUUCACGUUAGCCCGAGGGAGGAAGAGGCGUAUUGAUUUGAUAGGCCGGUUAUUUAUUUACUUUAUCUCUGGCCUGCAGAACACUGAUGAUUCCAUUCAAUAUUUUUAUUUGUCUUUUCUUUAUUUUUAUUUAAUUUUUUUUUUCAUCUUUUCUAGAGUCUGAGUGUUCGUGCGACCGAGGGAGGAAGAAUGCGAUGAGAUUGCCCCUUGCGAACGCCAGCCUCGCGCACGCCAUUUUUGCUUUGAUAACUGUUCGCCAUGAUUGAUCUGAAAUCACUGGGUUUUUUUAAUUAAUUAAUUAGUUUUUUUUUCCAUUUUUCCCGUAGCUUAACUCAAUCGGACAAACCCCGAAUCAAACAAACUUAGUUUGUUAAGGGUAGAAGCAAAGAGGAAGAGAGUGAUAAUCAAAAUAACGUUGGUCCUAAUUAAAGUUGACAUCCGAAAUACAGGGAAAAGAUAAAACAAAAGAGAAUACAAAGAAAGUGGAUCGCCUGAUCUAUCCGUAUUUGGUGAUUGAUUGUUCCAUGCGGCUCUGAUUGGCUAAUUUUAAUCACACGCGGGAAAAAGAACUUGAAUUGUCUUACGGCGCCAAACUUGAAUCACUUACCUCACAUCGCCACAAGGUCAAGUUAGUUUGGAAAUUUGCAGUAGAUAUUUUUCUUUUUGGUUACCCUUUUUAAGAGAAUUUUUCUUUGCACUAUGGCCGACAACUCAAAGCAAGAGAAGAAAACCAAGAAACCUUCUUCUUACGUCCUUAAACGAAAUGGAAAAGAGGAGGAGAUCAAUCUAAAUAAAGUCACUGCUAGGAUCAAAAAGCUUGGUUAUGAGCUCUCUGAGUUUGUUGACACGUUUGAGAUUGUCAAGAAAGUAAUCGAUGGGAUCUACCCUGGUGUAGCCACAACUCAGCUGGAUAUACUAGCUGCUGAGAUAGCUGCCUCCAUGACAACCAUUCACCCAGACUAUGCUGUCCUUGCUGCCAGGAUUGAAGUUUCUAAUCUUCACAAAGAAACAAAGAAGAUUUUCAGUGAGGUAAUGACAGAUCUUUACAACUAUGUCAACCCAAAGAAUGAAAAGCAUUCUCCUCUGAUCUCUAAGGAGACUUAUGAACUUGUAAUGGAGAACGCUGAUAGACUUGACUCAGAAAUCAUUUAUGACCGUGAUUACCAGUACAACUACUUUGGUGUUAAGACACUGAUGAGGUCCUACUUGCUUAAAAUCAAUGGCAAAGUGGCUGAAAGACCACAACACAUGUUGAUGCGAGUUGCACUUGGAAUUCACCAGAAUGACAUUGAUGCAGCAAUUGAAACAUACAAACUGUUGUCUGAGAAAUGGUUUACGCACGCAUCACCAACACUGUUUAAUGCUGGCACAUGUAAACCUCAAUUGUCCAGUUGUUUCCUUGUGACCAUGACAGAUGACAGCAUUGAUGGGAUUUAUGAAACACUGAGUCUUUGUGCAAAUAUAUCUAAGGCGGCAGGUGGAAUUGGGAUCAAUGUUCAUAACAUCCGGGGUUCUGGGAGCUACAUUGCUGGGACCAAUGGAGUCUCAAAUGGCCUUGUUCCAAUGUUACGUGUGUACAAUGCCACAGCCAGGUACGUAGAUCAAGGAGGCAACAAGAGACCCGGUGCCUUUGCCAUAUAUCUGGAGCCUUGGCACAGUGACGUCUAUGAUUUCUUGGAACUGAGAAAGAACACUGGUAAAGAAGAGCAGCGUGCUCGUGAUCUUUUUUAUGCAUUGUGGAUCCCUGACUUGUUCAUGAGACGCGUUGAGAAGGAUGAGAUGUGGUCACUCAUGUGUCCAAAUGAGUGUCCUGGGCUACAAGAUUGUUGGGGUGAAGAAUUUGAAGAGCUUUACACCCGCUACGAGGAACAAGGAAAGUUUCGGCGACAAGUCAAAGCACAGAAUCUUUGGCAGGCCAUCUGUCAAUCACAGAUUGAGACAGGCACACCGUACAUGUUAUACAAAGAUGCAUGCAACAGGAAAAGUAACCAGCAGAAUGUUGGAACAAUCAAAUGCAGCAAUUUGUGCACUGAAAUUGUGGAGUACAGCUGUCCAGAUGAGGUUGCUGUCUGUAACUUAGCUUCUCUUGCACUCAACAAGUUUGUUGUAACUAAUGGAACUGUCCAGAAGACAUACAACUUCCAAAAGCUUUUUGAGGUUACCCAGGUGGUAACACGCAACUUGAACAAGAUUAUUGACAUCAAUUACUACCCAGUGAAGGAGGCUGAAAAAUCAAACAAAAGACAUAGACCCAUUGGUAUUGGUGUUCAGGGAUUGGCUGAUGCCUUCAUUCUCAUGAGAUAUCCAUUUGAAAGUGAAGAGGCCAAAGAUUUGAACAAGAAAAUAUUUGAGACAAUCUACUUUGGAGCCCUUACAGCUUCCUGCCAACUGGCUAAAGAAAAGGGACCAUAUGAAACCUAUAAGGGAUCACCUGCUAGCAAAGGGAAACUUCAGUAUGAUCUUUGGGAUGUCACCCCAUCAGAUUUGUGGGAUUGGGCAGCUCUCAAGGCAGAAAUAAAAAAGUAUGGAUUAAGGAACAGUUUAUUGGUUGCACCAAUGCCAACAGCUUCUACUGCACAGAUCCUUGGCAAUAAUGAGUCUUUUGAGCCUUACACAAGUAACAUCUACACUCGACGUGUUCUCUCUGGAGAAUUUCAGGUACAUUCUUGA